AUGCUUUCGGGCUUCGCCCUAACACCGUUUCCUCCUUCCACUCUACAGUUGGCUCAGUUUCUUGAACGCACCAAACUGGAAGAACAGGUGGCGACUGAACAGGCCGCCCUCCUGUUCGAUCAACACCAACAGCUGCGGGACUUUGAACUGAAGAACCAAAGCACCAAACACCAACUGCAGCGCAGCCACCUAGAGGAGAAGCGUACUUUCCUCUGCGAGGAGCAGAUGCGCUACGACGAGGGCCAGAAGGUGAAAUUUGAGAAGGAGAAACGCAUCAGACUAAAACAGCUGGAGAAGGAACUGAAGGUGGGUUUUGAAUUAACAGUGCUUUCUCCGAACUCCAUAGGUCUGUGUAGUUAG